CAUAUUGCAUGAAAUUCUACUGUAAAGUGGUGGAGACGAUAGCCAAAAAUUCUUCAGAAUGAGUGAUGACGAGCCCGAUGUUGGGUUGGAAAGCGAUGCUGAGAAGCGAGCCCACCACAAUGCCCUGGAACGUAAGAGGCGCGACCACAUCAAAGACAGCUUCAACUCCUUGAGGGAUGCUGUGCCUAAUCUGGAAGGGGAAAAGGCAUCCAGAGCCCAAAUUUUGAACAAAGCCACCGAGUACAUCCAGUUUAUGAGAAGGAAGAACAACUCACAUCAGUCAGACAUCGACGGCCUUAAAAGGCAGAACCAGCAACUGGAUCAGCAAAUUCGUCUCCUGGAGAAGAACCCAAGCGACCCGCUGGCACUCAGCAAUGGCCUAGCACUCCUCAACAAUCCCAAAAGUACCACUGUCUCAUCCUUUGAGCGGGCCUCCGAUUCGGACUCGGAUUCCUCGGAGGACCGGGCCCGCAUCCCCCCCAAGAGGUUAAAAACGGGCGACGGCCCGCCCCCAUCUGAGUCCUCUUCCGUUCCUAAUGUCAAUAAAUUGCCUGUGAAUAACAAGACGUGAUCUCUUAUGGGAUUUGUGCAUGAAAUGUGUUGUCAGAAAUGGAGUGUGCAUCUUACAUUGUCACAACUGUGCCCUGCUUUCCUUGUCUCACAUUCAGUCUGAGUCACCCUGAUGAGCCAUGUCCAGCUGUUCCAAUUUAAUUGGAGCCAUUCUGAUUUGUGACGUUUUGAAGGAGUACAAAUCGGAACAUUUCAAUUUUCAGGAGAAAAACAGAAAUGUGAAAAACAUCUCGUAUACCGUUCAGCACACCGUCAAGGUGCUCAUCCUUGAUAAGCAUGUACAUCCCCGAGCAUGGUGGUCAUGAAGAACAUCAGAUAGCAGUGAACUACAAUACAGGUACUCCGGGGGAUCAUGUGCGAAAUCAUUUGCACACAGGUGUACAAUGACAUGAUGUGAUGCGGGCACCCAUGGGCUGUGUCACUUGAAAACACCCAUUGCAUGUAUACAGAUGGCAUCCUCAUGCUUGUCCAGUAGCCCGCCCGGUCACUGAAAAAAACAGCUGUUGGGAUCAACAUGUACAUGUUCUCACCGUCUGGUUCUCAGACCAAAAGAUCCCAGCUGUGUUAAUUUGGCGUUGAAAGAGAGUGAAUCUGUGUGGUUGCACUGCUCGUGCACCAGUUACUUUGUUUUCUGAGUUGCCAGUGUUGGCAGGUGUGCUGAGCAGUUGUCACACUUGAGCACCAUCAGAUGAUAGUACUUAUUAUGAGGGAGAUCUUCAAACGUGUCAGGGCAUAAUUUCUUGUAUGCUGUAUACAAGGUUUCCUGCCCAGAGCAUGAUAGUACUCUGUUGCAGUCCCCCCUCGUGUUUCUUGCUGAGUUUGGUUUCCAAGUCAGAGUUGCUCAGCUACACUGUUUUUGUCAAAGAGGCAUGAUCUUACAUUUAAAUUGUACCAACAGAGAUUGUUUCAGUUGAGGACCAGCUGUUGACCCUCUGGAAGACAGUCUUCACACGACCAUUUAUCAUCACCCCAGAGGUACACGUGUGUCAGCUUUGGACUUAAUGAGGUUGGGAACAGCAAGUUAAGACAAACCAAACACACACACACAUAUUAAGUGGGAAAAAGCAUGGUGCAGGCGGAAUGCAUGGAUCAGUGUGUAGAAAAUGUCAAGGAAGGCAGGGUACAAAGCACACUCCAGUUUUCUUGUCAUAAAAAUUUUCAUUUGUUGUACUGUUGUGUUUUCCAGUCAUUCUCUGAGAAAUUGAACUGUAUGUUUUUACCUAGGAGUGUAUGUGGAUGUACAAGUACGUGGCCUAGUCGUAUGAACUAUCUGUAGAGAAUGUCUUGGGCAGAGGCUUACAUUGAAAACUUUUUCUGUCUGUAUCAUUUUGUACAUUGAAACUUUUUUUCACUUUACCCACUCGCCCCUCUUUAUACCCGUGUAUGGCAUGACUGGUUUUGAUGACCUUUGACGCUUUCAGUCCAGAAGGCAGGAUAUCCUGUGACAUUGGUUGUCCACUGUAUGCAUGUCACCAUCAGUAAAAUUACUUUCUGUUCAUUACAUUGCCAAUUUCAUCACCGUUUUCACGAAGAUGCAAACUCCUAUGCAGCAUAAAAGUAAACUUUUGAGAAAAACGCAUUUGAAGUGGGUCACUUUUUACAGCAGCGAUUCAUAGAGAUCAACUGCAAAAGUUGAUUAAGUACACUGCGCACAUGCAUGCAUGUGCACCUUUUAACUGUUAUAAACUGCAAAACGUUUAAUGUCCAAUUUUUAAUCUUAAGUAAUUAAGGAUUACUUACUGACCAAAAAUGUUUUAAUUUGUGAAAACUCAAACCCUAGGGGAAGGGUAUUGGCAACUUGCAUACUUUUACCAUUGUGCCUGCAAGGUGCAAAAUUGUUACAUUUGUGUAGAGUUCCAGAGUUGACUUGUGGUAACAACAGUGUUGCCCUUCAUUUCUUCUUGUUAUCUCUAUGGAGCACACUCCUCGUUCUCUGUGAAAGUGACGGCAGUUUAGGUGGAGUUUUUUCCUAGAAUACCAUCAUGAUUGGCUAGUUUCAGUAGAUACGGUCAAAAUGAUUUUACCAGUUUGUCGGCAUCAUAUGGCGUGGUCGAUUUGGCAAGAAGACCACAGAAAUUUGAAAAAGUAAUGAUUUUUGGUCAGUUUGUCUCUUCGUGAAAAGUGUCCAUCAACAUUCACAUUUUGACCACUUGAUAUAGUAUCCUGACGUGACCAUGUCAGGGGCGGCUAGAAGCCUUUGUCCUUUGAAGCCUUCACGCUGUGAGCAACCUCUUGCCUCUCCAGGUUGUUUUGUUUGUAAAUGUUUUGGUAUGCCAUCCCUUCUCCCAACUUCUUGCCACGGUGCCUGGCUGCUCCCAGUAGAAGGUUAGUCUGGUUCCUAGACCUGACAGUUACCCUUACUUAAAGUGAAGGUCUGGUAGCCGUCACAGAUCAAUAUGGAACAUUGUGCAGUGCAAGAUUUAUGGUGUACAUGUAUUUUGCGUGGACUAUGGCAUAGCAGUUAGUUUUUAAAUACUAGUAUGGCCAUCAUGCUAAAGUGGUAAUAACUAUUACUACACAGAUUACAAAGUAAAGUUGCUAAAAUCGCAUACAUGACGUGUAUGGAGAAAUCAGAAGAAAAGCAAUGUGGGGAUACUUCCAAAAAUGUACAACAGUUUAUAAAAAUUAAUGAGAAUGAGUGCAGAAAUUUUGGACACUUUCAGAAAUGGGAGGAAUUUUUUCUACUGAGGUCAUCUGAGCUGUGGCAGCUUUCAGACUUUGAGACUCUUAAUAGUUGGAAUCAUGUGGUCUGGGAACCAGACUUCUCUGUAAGCUCCAUUUGAAGAAAAUCAGGAAUGACCAACAAGGCUAAAAUUUAGAACAAAACUUGAGCAGAGUGUUUUGGGCCUUUUGUAACAGAUGUUUAAAUAUUUCUAAUCUGCUGCAGACCAUUACCUGGUUUCAGAGAGUUUGAUGGAUGGCAGACUGUACAGACAUUGUUUCUUGGGGAUCGGCCUUUGUACUGCAAUUUUGGGCAUGUCAAAGGUUGUGCUGUUGGUUUUGUGAAUUGUGAGAUUAGGGUAGGUUACCAGCAAAAAAAUUGGCAUGGAAGUUGGGAUGGAAAGGACUUCAGUCGUACCAGAGUUCCUAGAGGAAUGCUCCUUGAAAGUAUGCUGCAGCUUGAAAGUAUGCUGCAGCUUGAAUUACUUUGUACAGCCAAAAUACUUGGGCUUCAUCCGGUUCGUAAGUGUGACGUCACUUCAGUUUAAACCACGCCCACUGCACAUGCAUUGCACUAGAGUUGCAUGCAUUGAUGGCUGAUUACACGGAACCGGAAGUUAAUGCGCAACUUCAGCAAUCGUCCAAUGGGAGCCUGCAAAUCGUGGCACGUCCACCUUUGUGAUGAAGUCACUUACGAACCGGAUAGAGCUCACUGAUAUUUCACUUCAGACAAAAUUACACAGUGAAAAGGUCCAGGGAUUGGUGCAAGUGUUCACUUCUAAUAUUCUUGUAUACUCCUGUAUGCUGAAAGUACUCAGUUGGCAAAGCCAUGGCAAAUAGGCAUGAUAUACCAUAAUGUUCCUAGGGUUGAUUUACGGUAGUCUUAGUUCCAAGACCUUCCUGCACUUCUGUAGUUUAUUCUGCAAUCAUGAACCAUCACUGUCAGAGGGCGCUAUCUCCAGAUGAAAUACUGAAGUCAGAGAAGGACCCAAUCAAUGUAGCACCCUUCUGCAGUUUCAAUUAAUCCAUUUCAGCCAAAAGGAGAAAUGUGAUGCUCUUGGAACCAAGGCUAGGGUUGAUUAGGAUUUGGGAUAGGACUUAAGUGUAGCUCAAAUGCUGUUGCCCGUGUCAUGAUAUGUACGAUACAUGUACGUGUUACUGGACAUGGGUCAUGGUAAUAGUCUCUGGUUUUUUUGCUGCUUCAGCCACUGACAAGUGAGACCAUAGAACUGCAUCACUGGUAUGGGGCCUUCAGUGGUCAUACACAUCAUUGUUGCGUAGUUAUAAGGACAACACACCUGUUGAAACAGACGUCAGGACAAAUUUUUGUCCUCGUGUUUGGGUCCUGACUUUCCUAACAUAAGGAAUUGUCCCCUUAACGCGAUGAAGGUGUGGGCAGUGAAAUUCCUCCUCCUUUAUUCCCACAUAGUUCUUGUAACAAAUCUUGAGGAGCCAGUCUCCCAGUAACUGAAACUGAUAUCCGUUUAACUUGCAGUUCAGUUCAGUUAGAUGAAAGAAUAGACGGACAGAUUCGCAGUGGGACAAAAUUCUGACAGAAGUGUUCACUAGUUUAUGUUUCUGUAUUUUUUGUAAUUGUAAAUAUUGUGUGAAGUGUGUAACUUCAUUAGGCAGAUAAUUAUUUUUGUAACGAGUUCGUUCUUCUCAUAGGCAAAUUUUGUUAAUGAGCGGGAGAGUAAUCUUCUAAACAGUCUCAAAUCAGAUCUGGUUGAAGAUAAGAUGCUGUUUGAAAUUCUGAUGCAGAUUUUGAUAAUGACCUUUGUUAAAUUACUACCUCUUGACAGUGUUAGACCUCCUUCGCCAUUGGUAAUAAAGGUUGGUUGCUUUUAACAGGGCAUGGUUAGCCAGUUCACUAUUCCAACAGAAGCCAAAAUCAAGCCCUUUAUCGAUCACUCAAGAACAUUGGUGUGAGUUUGCAAGGUUGGCCCAAUACUCUGAGUUCUUUAAAUUCACUGGAGCAUAAUAAUUUGAAUUCUCCAUACUAAAAACACUGUUGCUAUACCUCGUGAU